AUGCUUGAUCACGCAAUUCCCCACCGCCCGCUGCAGAAGGCCUAUCAUUGGUCCAUCCCCCAACGUGGGCUGUUUAGCGUGCCUGAUGCCAUUCUGCCGCUUCUCGGUGUGCUUCUGGGUCAGGUCGGUUCGUGGGAACUAUACUGCGCUCUCUCUGAGACCUUGAUCGUGUAUCGUGGUCUCUUGUCUGAUUCCUAUAUAAUGCCUCCGUUUUCCUGCUCUCUCUCCUUUUUCACGUCCUCUCUCCCCCUGCUUCCCGCCGACUCUGCAUUGAGCCGUGUAAAGUCGGCCGACAAGUGCGAACCAAUGGAGUCUUGGCGGGAUGGCGCAAUUGCCGUUGCUCGUGUUGGCGUCGAAUUAUUAAUCCUCGACUCCCUGCACCGAGUCGAUCCUUUGUGA